UGCUCCCAAGGCCGUCUCUUUUUGCAGAUACCAAACCCUAACUCUUUCCCACCCAAAAUCCCAAACCCAUCCCUCUUCCCACCGGGUGCUUCCAUUCUCGUCGUCGAUUGCUUCCCUUCACGCUGCUUUCUUCAUCGUCUACAUCAAUUGCUUGCUUCACCUUUCAUCAGUGGCUCGCUAUUUUUUUUUCAAAGCAUUGCACCAUAUUCUUAAGUUGCUUCAUCCGCAACUUAGGUUGUAACCGUGAAGUUCUGGUGGUUGCUUGCUUUACCUUACCUUAAAAAUGUCAUCAUUAAGGAAUGCUAUCAGCAAACGUGCUCACAAGGAACGAGCUCAACCGUCAUCGAGGAAAAAAUUUGGGCUUCUUGAGAAACACAAGGAUUAUGUUGUCCGUGCAAAAGCAUUCCACAAGAAGGAAGAAACGUUACGGAAACUCAAGGAGAAAGCUGCAUUUAGAAACCCAGAUGAAUUUUACUUUCAGAUGAUAAAAACAAGAACUGUGGAUGGAGUUCAUAAACCUGAGAGUCAGGCUAACAAAUACACUCAAGAAGAACUCAUGCUAAUGAAGACUCAAGACAUAGGAUAUAUACUACAGAAAUUGCAAAGUGAAAGGAAGAAAAUUGAGAAGCUAACUGCAGUGUUGCAUUCUGUUGAUAAUCAUCGAUCUAACAGACAUAUUUACUAUGCCGAGGAUAGGGAAGAAGCUAGAGAAUUACAGUCACAAACUUCAGAAAGCAGAGUUACUCCCCCUUCUGGUGAUAUCCCUGAUCAUAUUAAAAGGAAGACAGCUGCUUCUUACAGGGAAUUAGAAGCCAGGUAUAGUAGAGUGAAUCAGCUGGAGAAGCUAUAUAUGGAAAUGUCACUGAAGAAGGAACUACAGAAAAAGGGUCGGAAGCGGAAACUCCGUGAAGACGAGUUAGUAUGUCCAACCUCCAAGCCAGUGUAUAAAUGGAGAUCAGAAAGAAAGAGGUGACAAAGAUGGUUGUGUUGGUGAAGAAGGCAAUUUGGCUUUUGCAGCUUUCCCCAUGUUGUGAGAGAGAUCUAAGCCAUAAAUAUUGAAAGUUUUGCAUUGUUAUGAUUUUCAGGGGCAUGGGACCAAUUAUAUAUGAUAUGAGAAUUAUUAUUACUUAAAUGAGUUUUAUUUAUUUAUUAUUAUGUCUGAACUCUAUUGAAUUCAAUUUAAUCCUAAAUAUUUGACAAUAUAAAGUAUCCAAAUACUUUUGGCAA